AUGAAAGAGUCAUCAGUGAAAGAGUCAUCAGUGAAAGAGUCAUCAGUGAAAGAGUCAUCAGUGAAAGAGUCAUCAGUGAAAGAGUCAUCAGUGAAAGAGUCAUCAGUGAAAGAGUCAUCAGUGAAAGAGUCAUCAGUGAAAGAGUCAUCAGUGAAAGAGUCAUCAGUGAAAGAGUCAUCAGUGAAAGAGUCAUCAGUGAAAGAGUCAUCAGUGAAAGAGUCAUCAGUGAAAGAGUCAUCAGUGAAAGUCAUCAGUGAAAGAGUCAUCAGUGAAAGAGUCAUCAGUGAAAGAGUCAUCAGUGAAAGAGUCAUCAGGGCCCAGCAGCUCGGACCAAACAGAGACGCCAUCACCGGGCAGAGCGGGGGGCGGGGGCAGAGCGGGGGGCGGGGGCAGAGCGGGGGCAGAGCGGGGGCAGAGCGGGAUGGGGGGGGCAGGCAGAGUGUGAAAAAUGAAACCGGCUCCGGCGGCUCGUAUCAGGGAACAAUGCUGACAAAUGAAGGUUUCCAUCUGCCGCUCUAUCUCUCCCCCGCAGCGGCCGGCUCGCUCGCCCAUCACCCUUCAGCCCGUGACCUUGACAGACGCCGCGCCACGUUUUCAGGAAGACGACGAGAAGCACAGGGACGAGAGACACAGGGACGAGAAGCACAGGGACGAGAAGCACAGGGACGAGAAGCACAGGGACGAGAGACACAAGGACGAGAGACACAGGGACGAGAAGCACAGGGACGAGAAGCACAGGGACGAGAGACACAAGGACGAGAGACACAGGGACGAGAAGCACAGGGACGAGAGACACAAGGACGAGAGACACAGGGACGAGAAGCACAGGGACGAGAAGCACAGGGACGAGAGACACAGGGACGAGAAGCAAAGGCACAAGAGACACAGGGACGAGAGACACAAGGACGAGAGACACAGGGACGAGAAGCACAGGGACGAGAAGCACAGGGACGAGAGACACAGGGACGAGAGACACAGGGACGAGAGACACAGGGGCGAGAGACACAGGGACGAGAGACACAGGGACGAGAGACACAGGGACGAGAAGCACAGGGACGAGAAGCACAGGGACGAGAGACACAGGGACGAGAGACACAGGGACGAGAAGCACAGGGACGAGAGACACAGGGGCGAGAGACACAGGGACGAGAGACACAGGGACGAGAAGCACAGGGACGAGAGACACAGGGACGAGAGACACAGGGGCGAGAAGCACAGGGACGAGAGACACAGGGACGAGAAGCACAGGACGAGAAGCACAGGAACGAGAGACACAGGGACGAGAGACACAGGGACGAGAAGCACAGGGACGAGAAGCACAGGGACGAGAGACACAGGGACGAGAAGCACAGGGACGAGAAGCACAGGGACGAGAAGCACAGGGACGAGAAGCACAGGGACGAGAGACACAAGGACGAGAGACACAGGGACGAGAGACACAGGGACGAGAAGCACAGGGACGAGAGACACAAGGACGAGAGACACAGGGACGAGAGACACAGGGACGAGAAGCACAGGGACGAGAAGCACAGGGACGAGAAGCACAGGGACGAGAAGCACAGGGACGAGAGACACAGGGACGAGAAGCACAGGGACGAGAGACACAAGGACGAGAGACACAGGGACGAGAAGCACAGGGACGAGAAGCACAGGGACGAGAGACACAGGGACGAGAAGCAAAGGCACGAGAGACACAGGGACGAGAGACACAAGGACGAGAAGCAAAGGCACGAGAGACACAGGGACGAGAGACACAAGGACGAGAGACACAGGGACGAGAAGCACAGGGACGAGAGACACAGGGACGAGAGACACAGGGGCGAGAGACACAGGGACGAGAGACACAGGGGCGAGAGACACAGGGACGAGAGACACAGGGGCGAGAGACACAGGGACGAGAGACACAGGGGCGAGAAGCACAGGGACGAGAAGCACAGGGACGAGAAGCACAGGGACGAGAAGCACAGGGACGAGAAGCACAGGAACGAGAAGCACAGGGACGAGAGACACAGGGACGAGAAGCACAGGGACGAGAAGCACAGGGACGAGAGACACAGGGACGAGAAGCACAGGGACGAGAAGCACAGGGACGAGAAGCACAGGGACGAGAGACACAGGGGCGAGAGACACAGGGACGAGAGACACAGGGACGAGAAGCACAGGGACGAGAAGCACAGGGACGAGAAGCACAGGGACGAGAAGCACAGGGACGAGAAGCACAGGGACGAGAGACACAGGGACGAGAAGCACAGGGACGAGAGACACAGGGACGAGAGACACAGGGACGAGAAGCACAGGGACGAGAAGCACAGGGACGAGAGACACAGGGACGAGAAGCAAAGGCACGAGAGACACAAGGACGAGAGACACAGGGACGAGAAGCACAGGGACGAGAGACACAGGGACGAGAGACACAGGGACGAGAAGCACAGGAACGAGAGACACAGGGGCGAGAGACACAGGGACGAGAGACACAGGGACAAGAAGCACAGGGACGAGAAGCACAGGAACGAGAGACACAGGGACGAGAGACACAGGGACGAGAGACACAGGGACGAGAAGCACAGGAACGAGAGACACAGGGGCGAGAGACACAGGGACGAGAGACACAGGGACAAGAAGCACAGGGACGAGAAGCACAGGAACGAGAGACACAGGGACGAGAAGCACAGGGACGAGAGACACAGGGGCGAGAGACACAGGGACGAGAAGCACAGGGACGAGAGACACAGGGACGAGAAGCACAGGGACGAGAAGCACAGGGACGAGAGACACAGGGACGAGAAGCACAGGGACGAGAAGCACAGGGACGAGAAACACAGGGACGAGAGACACAGGGACGAGAAGCACAGGGACGAGAAGCACAGGGACGAGAGACACAGGGGCGAGAGACACAGGGACGAGAGACACAGGGACGAGAAGCACAGGGACGAGAAGCACAGGGACUAG